AUGAGUGUAAAAAGAACAAAACAAAAUGAUGAAGAUGAAGAACUACUUCAUCUCACUAAAUUACUAUCACAGAUACAUAAGGAAUACUUUAGUACCAGUGAAAAUAGUAUUAUUGAGAUAUUAAAGAAUAAAAAAAAGAUAUUUACAGGUAUUUCUUUUUACGCUUCUAACACUACAUUUAAAAAGAAAAUAGAAGAUUAUGGUGGUGUGUUGACAGAUGAUAUUACAAAAUGUACUUAUGUUUUAACUCAUAAGACUAAUAAAGUUAAUAUUAAUACAUAUGAAUUGUAUAAAUCAGUAGUGCUUGAUGAAGUUUAUAUUUUUGAAUGUAUAUAUAGACUUAAAAAGCUUAAUGUAGAGAACUAUAUUCUUUAUGACUUCAGCGGAGAUGAGAAAUUGAUUAGUGAAUUAUUUAUAGAGUAA